UUGGGUGGCUGGCAAGUUUGUCGUCAUGGCAACUCUUCCACUGAGGGAGGUCUGCUUGCACAAGUUGUCAGCCUCUGUCCCAACCCCAAGCUACCUGAGGAGGAGGGGCCAGGCCAGUCCAUGCCUUAUUUAUAACUCGCUCUGAGUGAGGGGGAGGGAUCACCGGUUGACUCCCUGGGAGGCUGCCUGCCAGUUUCAUCCACAAAUGUCGGAGCAGCAGCCAACAGCUGCCUGCAUCAUCCUCUCCUUCCUGGGUCUGCUUGGGCUGGUUGGUGCGGUCACUAGAACAUACUACAUUGGAAUUGUGGAAGAAUACUGGAACUAUGUGCCUCAGGGGAAGGACGUUAUUACUGGGAAGAGCUUCUCAGAAGACAAACUUGCAACCCUAUUUCUCGAACGAGGGCCCAACAGGAUAGGUGGCAUCUACAAGAAGGCAGUUUAUAGACACUUCACAGAUGGCAGCUACUCCACGGAGAUCCCCAAGCCCCCCUGGCUGGGGUUCCUGGGUCCCAUCCUAAGGGCGGAAGUGGGCGACGUGAUCGUUAUCCACCUGAAGAACUUCGCUUCCAGACCUUACUCUUUGCAUCCUCAUGGUGUUUUCUACAACAAGGAUUCAGAAGGAGCCUUGUACCCAGAUGGGACAUCUGGAAAGAACAAGGAUGAUGACAUGGUCCCCCCUGGCCAAAACUACACCUAUGUCUGGCCGGUGAGAGAAGAAUAUGCACCCGCCCCAGCAGAUGCCAGCUGCCUAACCUGGGUGUACCACUCACACAUUGAUGCCCCGAAGGAUAUCUGUUCUGGGCUGAUUGGACCCCUACUGGUGUGUAAGGAAGGUAUACUGAACAAAUACUCAGGGACAAGGAUUGAUGUAGAUCGAGAGUUUGUUAUCAUGUUCACUCUUGUGGAUGAGAACCAGAGCUGGUACCUGGAUGAAAACAUCAGGCAUUUCUGCACUGACCCGAAUUCCGUUGACAAAAGUGAUGCUGUUUUCCAGAGGAGCAAUAAGAUGCAUGCCCUCAAUGGAUUCCUUUUCGGAAACUUCCCCGAGCCUGAGAUGUGUGUUGGUGAAUCUGUGUCCUGGCACCUGUUUGGGAUGGGGAAUGAGAUAGACAUCCAUUCCAUCUAUUUUUAUGGUAACACCUUCAUCACCAGAGGGCACCGGGCAGAUGUUGUCAACCUGUUCCCAGCCACCUUCCUCACAACAGAAAUGAUAGUGGAGAAUCCAGGGAAAUGGAUGAUAACCUGCCAAGUCAGUGACCAUCUGCAAGCUGGUAUGCUGGGACAGUACAACGUGGGUAACUGCAGAAGUAAUGUUCCUCACCCGAAGAUGCAGGGUCAGCAGAGGCACUACUUCAUAGCAGCUGAGAAAGUCCUUUGGGAUUAUGGUCCCCAAGGCUACGAUAAAUUCACCGGAUUUCCCCUGAAUUCGUCUGGCAGUGACUCUGCGGUGUACUUCACACAAGCUGAAAACAGAAUAGGAGGGAAGUACUGGAAGGCUCGGUACAUGGAAUAUGUUGAUGCCACUUUUAGUAAAAGAAAGAUACCCUCUGAGACUGAAGCCCAUCUUGGAAUCCUUGGUCCAGUCAUCAAGGCAGAGGUGGGUGACACCCUGCUAGUGACCUUUGCUAACAAAGCUGACAAGGUCUACAGCAUUUUACCCCAUGGUGUGUUCUAUGACAAGGCGUCGGACGCAGCUCCAAAUAUAGAUGGAUUUCUGAAACCAGGGGCUCAUGUCAAGCCAGGUGAAACCUUCACCUACAGGUGGACAGUGCCUGAGAGUGUCAGCCCGACGGAUGAAGAUCCCCCCUGCCUGACCUAUCUUUACUUCUCAGCAGUUCAGCCAAUCAAGGACACUAGUGCUGGGCUUGUGGGGCCUUUGCUGGUCUGUAAAAAGGGUACCCUCAACGCUGAUGGGACACAGAAAGGAAUAGACAAGGAAUUUUACCUACUGUUCACAGUCUUUGAUGAGAAUCUCAGCAGGUAUCUUGAUGAAAACAUCCAGAAAUUUACUUGGCAUCCCUUCAGUGUUGACAAAGAAGACAAGGAAUUUGUGAAAUCCAACCGGAUGCAUGCUAUUAAUGGCUACAUGUAUGGCAGCCAGCCAGGCCUCAGCAUGUGCAAGAAAGACAGAGUUUCCUGGCACUUGAUUGGAAUGGGCACUGACACAGACAUGCAUGGAGUUUAUUUUCAAGGCAACACCAUCCACCUACGAGGGACUCAUCGUGACUCCCUGGCUCUGUUUCCCCACAUGUCCACAACGGCAUUCAUGCAGCCGGACCAUGCAGGUAUUUUCAAGGUGUUCUGUUCCACUUUGCACCACUUCGUGAGAGGCAUGGGUCAGAUCUAUGAGGUCAGCAGCUGUGGCAACAGGGACCCUUCUGAGCCACCCUACGGGAUGCUAAGAACCUUUUUCAUCGCCGCUGAAGAGGUAGAAUGGGAUUAUGCCCCUAACAAAAACUGGGAGUUCGAAAAGCAGCACUUGGACGCAGGAGGGGAAAGACAUGGGGAUAUAUUUAUGAAUCACACUGAAAACUGGAUUGGCUCUCAGUACAAGAAGGUGGUUUACAGGGAAUACACGAAUGGAGAAUUUGUGGAGAUUAAAGCCCGGCCACCGAGGGAGGAGCAUCUGCAACUCCUGGGUCCAAUGAUUCACGCUGAGGUGGGGGACUCCAUCCUCAUCAUCUUUAAGAACAAAGCUAGUCGGCCCUAUUCCAUCACAGCCCAGGGUGUGGAGGAUUCGAACAGUGGGAAGCGUCUCGAAGUGCCUGUCACAAAGCCGGGAGAAAUAAAAACUUACAGAUGGAACGUCCCCAAGAGAUCAGGUCCCGGGCCCUCUGAUCCUAAUUGUAUCCCAUGGGUGUACUAUUCAACCGCAAACUUUGUCAAGGAUACGUACAGUGGUUUGAUGGGGCCUCUCAUCACAUGCCGAGAAGGGAUAUUGAACGAAAAGGGAAGAAGAAGUGACGUAGACUACGAAUUUGCUUUGUUGUUCCUGGUGUUUAACGAGAAUGAAUCAUGGUAUCUGGAUGACAAUAUUAAGAAGUAUCUCAAUAAAGAUCCACGGGAUUUCAGGCGCACAGAUGAUUUUGAAGAAAGCAACAAAAUGCACGCCAUUAAUGGAAAGAUAUUUGGAAACCUCCCCGGCCUCAUAAUGAUGGAAGACACAAUGACUAACUGGUAUCUGCUGGGAAUAGGAAGCGAAGUGGACAUCCACACCAUCCAUUACCAUGCAGAGAGCUUUCUGUUCAAAAUAGAUAAGUCCUACCGAGAAGAUGUGUACGAUCUCUUUCCCGGGACCUUUCAAACCAUUGAGCUGUUUGCUGAUCACCCAGGGACGUGGCUGCUGCAUUGCCACGUCUCUGACCACAUUCAUGCCGGCAUGGAGACCACCUACACUGUCCUCCGGAACAUAGACAACAGGAUUCCAUAUUCCACCAAGUCCCCUUCUGGAGCAGGGUCGCAUGCUGUCACAGUGCCCUCCAAAGAACAACCUGGCAAGGAAGACCUCUAUUUCUUUGGCAAGAACUUGCGCCCAAGAGGAGCCAAGGCAGCCCUGGUCAUCCUCUUCAUCCUGGGACUCCUCCUUCUGGUCGCCACUGUGAUUCUCUCCCUCCGACUCUGCUCUUCGAGGAGGCAGAUGGCUUACAGGGAAGUGCAGUCCUGUGCACUCCCCACAGAUGCUCUGUGAAUGCUCUGGUCUUCCUCAGAGGGAGGGGUCAGGUCCCAGUGGCUAACAGGGAAACUGGACCAAUGCAUUGUUCACCAAGGAACUUUGACACUGUAUCCUAGAUCAGGCUUCUGAGCCUCUGGAAUGUCAUCCAAAGCAAUGUGCUUUUAUUUAUUUAAUUUUUUAACUGGCUGUGAAUGAUUCUCAGGUAUAAAGUACAUGAAAAAGGAGAAUGCACUGAAUUGGGAUCUACCAACCACCAGUCUGUUUGGUGAACAAUUCACUCAGGGGGUACCUUCUGAAAGAUGUUUUUAUAGUUUGAAAUCAAACAGUGCUUCCUCAGCUAACCACCAUGGUUUCUAGAUGAGUGGCUUCUAGAAAAUAACAGGGUUCCUGGGACAACUGUCUGUCUGGAAUCACACUCACAUGUGAGAUUGACCCCUCAGUUGUUCAGGGUGAACAAGUUUCUGAGGAGUUCGUGGGACUGUCCCAGUCAGUAUGAACUGAUGGAAUGGACCACAUGAAUCUUUCAGGGGCUUCCGGUAGCUCUCCUGGCCUCUCCCCCUUGGAUGCAGAGACCCUGUGCAUUGUUCGUUAUACAAGCUAAAGUUAUAUGGUUAUUUAUUUCAUUGCUGCUAUUUUCAAUUCAACCUGUAGGAAUACUUGAAUGUUUACAGUUCACUUCAUGCUACAUUUUCACCAUGUGCCUCCUUGGCAACGUCUGUAUUUUCAAAAAUCAACUAGAGGAUUUUUGUUUCAGGAAGUCGGAGGCUAGAAGCAGUGAAGGAGCAGGCUUGGCUUCCUCACUGUAAGCCAGAGACUCCCUGUCUGGGCUUGAACCCUGAGUUUGACUUUUCAUUCAUUUAGGGGGCAUUUUUCCAUAUCUCCAUGUUCUAUGAAAGUUACAAUUUCAUCAUGUGGAGGAUGGCAGGAGGCACACAUCAAUGCAACUGAUUGGCCGAGGGGAGAAAGGAUCUCUUAAAAUCCUGCAUUCCAUGCUUGUUAAAGACAUAGUCUUGAGAGGAGGGAGGGCAGCUAGAAUAGGGGAGUCCUGGUGGUUUUUAAACCAUUCAAUCAGCUUUGGAAAUAAGGAUUCUAGCUGCCAAGGCUCACAGGCAAACACGGAAGACUGAACAACAAAGCUAAGCACCUAAGGACACAAUGCAUCCUCUCUGUAGGUACCCUAGACAUUAGAUGAAGAUUGAUAAAAGCAACAUUGUUUAUUACUAGACUGGGAAAUCUACCUUAGCUCAGGACAAGCUGCCCUGGGAUGCUGUGGCCAGACACAUGAUGUUAGACCACUGCCUCAGCAGUGGGUCCCUUGAAUGUCCAGGUGAACGGGUAGGACCUAAUAAAUACUCUGGUGAAGGGAUCUCUCAUACUUUUAUUUUCUUUAAUCUUCUUGGUGAGGGGAAAUGGAUAGAAACCACAGUCUUAACAUAAAACAGAAGCAACUGCUAACCGCUCUGUUUGUAGUUUGCUUAAGCGCCUUGUCAAACAGGGUACCACAUGAUUUUGAAUUCCAGUCCGCUAACCACUGACAAUGUGAUUUUUGUAGCUUACUGAAGUGCCUGCUCUGUGGAGUUCAUAUGUGGUAGGCUGUACGAUUACAUGAGAAGUAUGGUGAGCACCUAUGACUUACCUUUAGUAAGUUAAAACCUUGUUUGUUUUAAAAGUUCUCUUCUCCUUUUUCACUUAUUUUUUUUUAAUGAAAACAAACCACAAAGUAGUUUUAUCGCACCAUUUCUCUUUUUAAUAAAGUUUCAUAUAUUCUAAAAUGGCA